GAAAGAAUGUCUCUCCCUAAUGACACCCAGUUCUAUCCUUCUUCAUUUCUUUUGUUGGGCACCCCAGGGCUAGAAGAUAUGCACAUCUGGAUUGGAUUCCCCUUUUUGUGUGUGUAUCUUGCUGCACUCCUGGGGAAUGUUGCUGUCCUGUUUGUGAUCCAGACUGAGCAUAGCCUCCAAGAGCCCAUGUAUUACUUCCUGGCCAUGUUAGACUCCAUUGACCUGGGUUUGUCCACAGCCACGAUCCCCAAAAUGCUGGGCAUCUUCUGGUUCAGCCUCAAGGAUAUUUCUUUUGAAAGCUGCCUUUCCCAGAUGUUCUUUAUCCACUUCUUCACUGCCAUCGAGAGCAUUGUGCUGGUGGCCAUGGCCUUUGACCACUACAUCGCCAUUUGUAAUCCCCUUCGGUACACCAUGAUCCUCACCAGCAAAAUCAUCAGUGUCAUUGGAGACAUUGCUAUUCUGCGCAGCCUGUGCAUGGUGGCUCCACUGAUGUUUCUCCUCCUGAGACUGGCCUUCUGUGAGCACCAUAUCAUUCCUCAUACUUACUGUGAGCACAUGGGCAUUGCCUGUCUGGCCUGUGCUAGCAUCAAAGUCAACAUAAUAUUUGGUUUUGGGAAUAUGGCUAUCUUAUCAUUGGAUGUGCUUCUUAUUAUUCUUUCCUAUGUCAGGAUCCUCUGUACUGUCUGCCUGCCUUCCUGGGAAGCCAGGUUCAAAGCUCUCAAUACCUGUGUCUCCCACAUUGGUGUUAUCUUAGCCUUUUUCACACCAGCAUUUUUCUCUUUCUUAACACACAGUUUUGGUCACAACAUUCCUCGAUAUAUCCACAUCCUCUUGGCCAGUCUAUAUGUGGUUGUUCCACCAGCCCUUAAUACCAUAAUCUAUGGGGUCAAGACUAAGCAAAUUAGGGAACGCGUUUUGAGGAUUUUUUUUAAAAGAUGGUUAACCAUUGGUAGCCUUCGAAUGUUUAACAGUUCAUAUUUUCCCCAUAUGCUUAUUGUCUAA